AUGGAUCGCCUUACUCUCCUUCUUGUUUUGGUUUCCAUUGUUGUAAAUGUAAAUGCAAGAGCUUUUGAAAAUACUAUUUCAGCUGGUGUUGAAUCUGAUGAGAAUGUUGUAACCUAUCAAGUUUUAUCAAAUAAACCAUUAAGUAUUGUAUCGGCUGAUGAUGAUUCUCAACAUGAAUAUAAACUUGGUCAAGUCGGUGGUCUUGGAGCAUCUGUUAAAAAUCCUAAUCGAUUAUUUGUUUUUCAUCGAGCAUCACGAGAAUGGAAUCAAGAAUCAUUUCCUGAUGGUAGACAUUUUGAUAACCCAAAAUUUGGUGUCAUACCAGAGAAUACAGUUCUCACUGUCAAUACUCGUACUGGACAAAUAAUAGAACAAUGGGGAAAUAAUACAUUUUAUAUGCCUCAUGGUCUCGCCGUUGAUAGCGAAGAAAAUCUUUGGCUUACAGAUGUUGGAAUGCAUCAGGUGUUUAAAUAUUCAAAUGGUGAACGCGUAUUAACAUUAGGUGAAUCAUUUGUACCCGGCAACGAUGAAUCACAUUUUUGUAAACUAACUGAUGUUGUUGUAUCAAAUGAUGGAUCAAAGAUUUAUGUUGCUGAUGGAUAUUGUAAUGCUCAUAUUUUUAAAUUUGAUUCAAAAGGAAAAUUUUUAAAAGAAUAUGCAAUGCCUGAAGAUGAGCAACCACUUCUCAUUCCACAUAGUAUUGUUCUUAUCGAAGCACUUGAUCUCGUUUGUGUUGCUGACAGAGGAAAUGGAUGUCAAGUUAAAGCUAUUAUUGAUCAUCCAUUAAUGAGAACUGUUUAUGCUAUGUAUUACGAUCCAAUUAAACACCGCCUUUAUGCAGUUAGUGGCAGACUUAGACAAAGUUACGCCAUGGGUUUUACAUUUAGUGUUCAUCCUGAAUCAUUUGGUCAACUAAUCACUACUUGGGAACCAAAUGAUAAAUUCGGUGAUCCACAUGAUUUGGCUUUAAGCGUCAAUGGCCGUUCAUUAUACGUUGGAGAAAUUCGUCCUAAUCGUAUCGAUUCAUUUAAUGUUCUCAAUUAA